GCAACCCCGCGCCUCCCCCGGGCUCCGCUCUGCCUGGCGGCUCCCACCUUCCCCGGUCCCAGUCCCGCGCACGGCCCGCUGCGAACUACACUUCCCGGCAGGACGCGGGCGCGCGCACGCGCACCGGGGCCUCCGCCAUGGCGACUGUGCUGUCCAGGGCGCUCAAGCUCCCGGGGAAGAAAAGUCCAGAUCUAGGGGAGUAUGACCCCCUCACACAGGCCGACAGUGACGAGAGCGAGGAUGACCUUGUGCUCAACUUGCAGCAGAAGAAUGGAGGGGUCAAAAACGGGAAGAGCCCUCUGGGAGAAGUGCCAGAACCUGACUCAGAUGCUGAGGCUGUGGGGGCUGCAAAGCCGCAUCUUUCAGAAGUCGCCACAGAGGGGUACCCCUCAGAACCUCUUGGGGGCCUGGAGCAGAAGGCAACCUCUUCCAUCGUGUCUUACGUACGCACAUCUGUCUUCCUGCUAACUUUGGUCAUCUCCAUGAUCCUGGUGCUCGUAUGUGCUUUCCUGAUCCCCUGUCCCCCCAGAGAUCUGCACAGCACUUGGAGCCGCCACCUGGGCCCCCAGAGAGGUGGGGACCUGUCUCCGUUGGAAUUGGCUGAUGUGAAUGGAGAUGGCCUGCGUGAUGUACUUCUCUCCUUCGUAACUUCAAGGAAUGGGAGUGCGGUCGGUGUCUCAAGGCCAGCUGCUAUCCUUGUGUGCCUUUCGGGGAUGAAUGGCAGCACACUCUGGUUGAGUCCCCUCCCCGAGGAGGCCCGAGAUAUUACAUGUUUGGAUCUGAUACCAGGAAGCGUGGCUGAAACCAUCUGCCUUGUGACAGGGACGCAUAAGAUGUUCAGUGCGUUCAAUGCGACAUCAGGGAAAGCCAUUUGGACUUUAAACCCAAACUACUUAUCCAACGGUACCCUGGCUGCCCCAGGGGUGGUGCUGCCAGACUUGGAUGAAGAUGGUGUUCGAGAUCUUGUAGUCCUGGCCAUUGGGGAAUUGCAGCCAGAUCUGUGCUUUCUGCUGGUGUCUGGCCGGACAGGGAGUCCGGUGGGCCGACCUGUGAAGUACAACAUCGUGGGCGUGGGGAAUCUGAUUGGUCCUCAGGUUUACGUCACCACAAACGGGGCUGUCUAUAUCCUUUUUGGCUUUGGAAAUAUCCAAGCUGUCGCCCUGCGGGACAUUUUUGUUCAGGCCCAAAAUCGAGACAGCUUACCACCUUCUCUGCAGAUAGAAGAGCCAGAAUGGGAGAAGCGAAGAUCUAUCAACCUGUCUGAGCUCAUUGACAUUUACAGUGAUGGUGUCGAGCUACUCCAGAUGGUGAAGGCACCUGACUCCAACUGCAGCAACCUCCUGAUUACAGCCAGACAAGGCCUUGUCCUGCUGCGGGGGCAAAAUCUGACACCUUCCUGGACAUUGAGCCUGCAAGGCCUGCACAGCCAGCCUACUCCUGGGUAUUUCACUGAUGAUCAGACGUUAGACUUCCUUCUACAGAUACAGGAUGGAGUUGGGAUGAAAAAGAUGAUGGUGGUGGAUGGGGACUCGGGCUCUGUUACCUGGACCUACAACGCUCCCUGCCACAUGAAGGAAACGCCAACCACCUCGGCGGUUACUUCAGAUCAGAAGUCUGUCUUCCUCUUCUGGGCCGAGGGGAUGUCGGCGGUAUCUCCCAGUUCUGACGCCAUCCCGGGAACUGGGCCACCCAGCCUUCACCACCUCUACCUCCUGCACCCAGCAUUCCCCUCUCUUCUUCUCGAUCUGGCCAAUGCCACGGGCACAGUGAAGGCUUCAGAGGUUGGAAUUAACGACCUCUGGAAAGAUGCCUUUUAUGUUACCAGGACAACAGGGCCCAGCUCCGAAGGCCACCCAGCACCCCUGGUGGUCAGCAAGCUCAGUCUACGGUGGGCGCUGAUGGAAGGCCAGGUGGUCCAACUCGAGGAUACCACCCCCAAAAUUGGCCGCGGGGAGCUGCGAAGAUUCCUCUCUAGGAUAAAGUUUGUUGAUCUUCCCUACCAGAUAUAGUCUGAUGGAAUCUUCAGUCUCAGAAGAAGUGAGCAGGGUGGUACUCUCUCUCCCCCAUCAGCGCAGAGUCAGUGCUUUGGAGAGAAGGAAGACUUCAACCUCAUUUUACCACGUCUGCGCAAUUGUUGCAAAGCACUUUGGAAGGCGCAUCAGAGUUCUUUGAUGACAGCACCAUCCAUUUGGCUGGGGUAUCUGACCUAUGUUUUCAGUCCCUGGGUUAACCCCCUCUGGGCACUCUGUGGAUAGUAUGCAAAUGUGAAUCUUCCAUGUUGUUUUUUGUAUGUCUAAUUUAUAAACUCUUACUGGGAAAUUCCAGUGAAGUUCUUCCCCAGAACAUUUUGUUUUGCAUCAUGCCACGCGUGUGUAUGUAUUAGUAUUGUGAUGAAACAUUUUCUAGGUCUGUUUUAAGCUUCAGGGACCCGGUUUCUUGUCCUUCUGAAAUACAUCUGGGUUAUUUGGUUAUCUUGAGACGUCAGGUGCCCUGCCUCCAAUAUUCAGGGCCACUUGUCAUUUCCCUCUGUAUUCUCUCACCACCUGCACCUUGGCUUCUUCCCUACUUUAACAGCAGGGAGAAGACUGGCAGUGAGGGGCUGAGGUAACCAUCCAGCACUUUCUUAUCAUACAGAGCCUCCCUCCUCACACUUUCCAUCUCUAUAUUCUUAGUUACCAUAACCACCACCAUAUUCCUGUCAGAAGGGGAGCCAGAGAAGUAUAGCUGGGGACCGACCUCUAACAAUGGUAUUAUGUGGUCUUGAUUGUUCUGCCCUGCCCAUCAUGAUGCCGUUACUUUUCACGGCAGUAAUGUCAGGAGUGCUUGUGCGUGUGUGGUCCUUAUGUGUGUGAAGUCAGGAAUGAUUGAGGUGGGUAGCCUUAUCCCUGCCUCAUCUCUACUCUGCUUUCUUAGCAUCUCCUACGGGGCAUCCUCCUUAGCGCCUCUCAGUUGCCGAGGUAUUUUUGCUUUGCUUGCAUGACAGCAAAGCUGUUUCUGGAGUUUUACUCUUGCUUGAGUCCAGUAUGCAACCAUUUUGCCUGCACAUCUCCUUCCUUGUAGAGCCUUGGAAGCACUGUAUUUUGGGAAAAUUCCCAUGUAAAUAUUAUAACUUUUAUAAUUAAGUGCUUUGGAAUUACUUCCAGUGCUUAUUUCUUCCUUCUUCAAUACAUAUGUUACUUCUAUUAAGUUUUCUUCUAAACUUCUAGGUCGUUGUUUGUAUAGCAGAAAAUCGCACGUUAGCCGGUGAAGAACUGCUUUUCUUCUUGAAUAAUUUUGAUGGGUCAUGCCCGAGUGCAACUCAGGUUCUGUCUUUGCUUGAGCCUUUGUGUUUUUAGCUUGUGUUAAUAAAGGGAGUCCAGAAAAUUUAGAGAUUACAGAAAUUUAGGGAUCCCAGAUUUAAAGGUUGGCAUUAUGACAUAACACGAGUUUGGUAGCACUAGCAUAUUGGCCUGCGAUGUUUCUUGGAAACCCCCUUGCCAUAGUCUCUGAAAGCAAAUCUGGUUUCAAUACUUUGGGAAGCACGUGUGGGUCCAGCUUGUUGUAAACCUGGGGAAACAAUUAAUUAGAUGGAAACCCAAGAGGAUGGGGAUGAUUCUAGAUUCACUUCUAGGGUUUGAAUCUACUUGGGUGGAAGAGCCUAGGAUCUUGUUUGGCCUAGUAGAUAAUUCUAAGGACUAAUCUAUAGUCAACUGAAUACCUAAAGCUUGGGUUGUGGUCCUGUGGCCUGGGCUGAGCCAUCUAUGCCUAAACUUCGUUCUCUACCAUGUUGAGGCUCUGUGGGAAGCCAGCCACUUUAGGCAGAGGAAUAAAAUGCAAGGUCAUUUACGGAGGGCCUGCUCUGGGGGGAUCCUUUUUGGUAGAAGAUUGUGUUUAUGCUGGGUGAGUCCCAGAACUAUGUAAGAGGAAGCUAGGAAAGCAUACAUCCCUACAUUCUUCGUGAUGUGUUUACAGACUAACUUAACAUAGGCUGUUUUGACUAUAGUUUUCCCUUUUUGCUAGACACAGUACAAGCUGUCGUCCCUCCUGCAGCCAUGCAGAGGGUAGAAAUGGUGGCUGAGGACUGAGGAAGCUUCAUCUGACCAGCUUGGGUGCUGGUCUGUCAGAUAGGUCCCCACACUUCCUUCUCCUUACAGGCACCCACCCAACCUGACAUCUAAGAUAGGAAGAGCUCCUCCCUUCCCCCCACUCACAACAUGGGGAACCGGCAAGGCCAGCGUGACUGCCACUUAGGGAUAGUAGUGACUUCCGCAAAUGCAAGGGGCUUCCUUCGCCCAAGCUUUCCUCCUUGCUAUCCUUACAGCCUCUUCGAUCCUAGACGGCAUCCCCCCGUCCCGUAGAUGGUCUCUACUCCUCCUUGGCAGUGUGGGAUGCUGAUACCAACCCCCUUGAAUGUGAAUUGCUACUUUUAUUGCCCAUACUACAGAAGAGCCAGCUGGUAUAUGGUCAGGAAGCACUAUUAAAAAUGUGAAUUGUUGCAGAACAAAUAAAAAUUAUGUGUAGAAACAUG